AUGAGUUAUGUGGGGAGCUACAAGAAAAUUAGAGACAGACCAUUUAGGGUAUAUUGUGCCACAGCAAUAGCUACAGGCUACAUGGCAUACAGCCAUUUUAAAAAUAAUAAAGUACAGAUGAAAGAGGUAAUACAGGCAAAAGAUUAUAUGGCAGCACCCAUCACACCAUUACAUGAACUGGAGAAAAACCAGAAUGAUAUGAAGGCACAGAUGGAACUGCUCAUAAUGAGAAUACAGGCAGAGUUCUGUAGAGCUCUGGAAAAAGAAGAGGAUGAGGCCUGGGACGAUGACAAAACACCACAUGAAUAUGAUUUUGAAAAUGACGCUUUCAUAAUUUCUCCGGAUGCGAAGUUCAAGGUAGACCGUUGGACGCGUCCAACAGGAGGCGGUGGAAUCACGUGCGUACUGCAAGAUGGACGGGUUUUUGAGAAGGCUGGAGUCAACAUUUCCGUAGUGUCUGGAACCUUGCCACCAGCAGCGGUCCAACAAAUGAGAAGCAGAGGCAAGAAUCUACAAAAUGCCGAGCUACCGUUCUUCGCGGCCGGUGUCAGCGCGGUCAUCCACCCUCGCAACCCCAUGGUACCCACUAUACAUUUCAACUACAGGUACUUCGAGGUUAAAGACAAAGAUGGUGUGCAAUGGUGGUUCGGUGGUGGUACUGAUUUGACUCCAUACUAUUUGAAUGAAGAAGAUGCUCAGCUAUUCCAUACGACGCUGAAGAAUGCCUGCGACAAACACGACGAAACCUAUUAUGUAAGAUUCAAAAAAUGGUGUGAUGAUUACUUUCACAUUCCUCAUCGUGGCGAAUGCCGAGGCAUCGGCGGCAUCUUCUUUGAUGACUUGGACUCGCCUGACCAAAAAUCUGCUUUUGACUUUGUCACCUCAUGCGCCGAGGCCGUCAUACCUAGCUAUAUACCUAUUGUACAAAAACACAAAGAUGCUGCGUACGGAUACUACGAGCGACAAUGGCAACUGCUACGUCGCGGAAGAUACGUGGAAUUCAACCUCAUGUACGAUAGAGGGACCAAGUUUGGGCUUCACACUCCGCAAGCUAGAUACGAGUCUAUCCUUAUGUCAUUACCUCUUAAUGCCAAAUGGGAAUACAUGAACGAGCCCAAGAAAGAUUCUCCUGAAGAACAGCUCAUGACCGUCCUGAAGCAGCCCCGAGACUGGGUGAAACGAGGGGAAACUAGUAAAUCACAAGCACAGCGGUCCGCGGUUUAA